AUGGCAAGACAAUAUCUCAACCUCCCCGCUGCACCGCCAGACCCAGCAUUCGACCUGAUGGCCAAGUACGACGCCGACCCGCACCCGAACAAAGUCUCUCUGAUCGCCGGAGCGUACCGCGAUGAGAACGGGUGGCCGUGGGUGCUCCCCAGCGUGAAGCAGGUAAGACACGCUAACUCCAGACAUCAGUCUACAAUCUACAGCCCCACCAAUACUAACCCCAUACCCUUCCCCAGGCCAAGUCCCGUCUCUCCCACACCGCGAACCACGAAUACCUCCCCAUCGCAGGCUCACCUCCCCUUCUCGAGCACGCGCGAACCCAACGACGUGAUCGUGCUGCAGGCCUGCGUCUACAACCCGACAGGCGUGGCCCUCACGCACACGCGGUGGGCGGAAGUGCUGGAGCUGGUCCGGCGCAAGCGGCUGUUUGUCGUCCUCGACAGCGCGUACCAGGGCUUCGCGACGGGGGAUGUCGAUGGCGAUGCGUGGGCGGUGCGCUACUUCGUGGAGGAGCUGCUCUUGUCUACGGAGGGCCAGCAUCUCGGUCUCUGUGUGGCGCAGUCGUUCUCGAAGGACUUUGGGCUAUAUGGGGAGCGGGUCGGCGCGUUGCAUUUGGCUGUUCCGUGGGGGUUCGGACUGGAAAGCCCGCGGUCGCAGUUGGUUGGCUUGGCGCGCGCCGAGUAUUCGAAUCCGCCGCGGUUUAGGGCGAUGAAUGCUGAGACGGUGUUUGGAGAUCGGGAGCUGCGGGCGCAGUGGGAGAGGGACUCACGUACGGUGAGUGACAGUUUUGGCAAGGUAAGACGUGCGUUGAGGGAGAGGUUGGUGCACAAUGGGACUCCCGGGGAUUGGUCGCAUACUGAGCGGCAGAUUGGGAUGUUUAGUUAUACUGGGCUGGACAGCGAGCAGGUGGCAUGGUUGCAGGAGGAGUAUCAUAGUUAUCUCUUGCCGUCGGGUCGCGUUAGUCUCUGUGGGUUGAAUGAGGCGAAUGCUGGGUAAGUGGCGGAUGCCGUCAGGGAUGUCGUUAUGGAGACGUCCCAUGAGCGUUGAGACUAGGUUCUGGAUCACAGUUGAAUUGAGUAUUCAGACUACAGG